GAGUACAAUAGGAAGGCGCUCAGUUGCAGUGUAACGGCUCAAAUGAGUAUUUGACUUGACUGUGGCGUCGCCUGAACGUAGUUGAACACUUUAGCCUGAGUUUUUGUGGCGGUGAUCGAUGGAAAUGAGCCGCAGGCACGAAGUGUCCUGCGUGCUGUGUCAUCUGUCCGUGGAGACGAAGACGACCGGAGCGUUAUCGACUAAAGAUCAAGUGACGGCUCAUGAGAACUGUUUGUACUUCUCCUCGGGUAUUUAUUGCCGGCACUCUCCACAGUUUGACGAUCUGUUUGGUUUCUCUGUGGAGGAUGUGAUGGAAGAGGUGAAACGAGGGAGCAAGCUGAUGUGUCGCAAAUGUAAGAAAAAGGGCGCCACUGCUGGGUGUGAGGUCAAACGCUGCAAGAAGUCCUACCACUACCCGUGCGCUGUUCAAGACGGAGCUGAGACUGUUGAGAACACACAAACGGGAGUAUAUGGGCUGUUCUGCCGCGACCACAAUCAACAAACAAACGGAGGCAGCAAUCCUGUAAAUGGAUGCGGCCAUUCAUCAACGAAGCCCCAAACUUCCAGAGCUCCCAGUGAAGCCGGCCCGUCGAAGCCUGCCUCUUCAUCACAUAAGGGGAACAGAAACGGUGAUCCUACAGCAGCUGGCCCGUCUGCACACAGCAGUGACUCCAGCUUAUCCAGCAGCACGAAGCGCUCAUCCUGCAAGAGACGGUUCAGCUUCAGUGACAGACAGGACGAGAGCUCGUCUAAACGUCGAUCUGGACACUUGAAAAGGAUAAUAUCAGACAGUUCUUCAGAUUCAGAUAUGGAAAUAUUUGCCCCUUUAGAGUCUGAUUUAGAGGAAAGUGCAAACUCUCUUCCAGGGUCCCAAUUGAUCAGUCCCCCUGAGUCCACCUCAGGUCCCACUGUGUCCACCCCAGGUUUCACUGAGUCCACUUCUGGUCCCACUGUGUCCACCCCAGGUUUCACUGGGUCCGCCUCAGAGAAUCAGCGGGAGAAUGAGAGCAACGAUGGAAAUGAAGAUGAAGAUGAAGCAGAUGCUGAGUCACAGAGUCUGCUGCCUCCUGUGGAGAACAGCACGGACUUUCAGCCGCUGUCAGUGGCGAAUGUUGCACAGGCAACUCAGACGGGAUCGACUUUAUAUUCCAGUGUGAUUGUGGUGAAGGUGGAGGAGAUGGCAAAGAGAGACGGUGAAGGGUCCAGUCCUGAGCAGAGUCCCGUCCACAGUCCUGAUCAACACACCGCUGGGCCCUCUGUCCCACAGCAGAGCUCUGAAGGUCCCCCUGCCUCUCCUGACCCCACCACAACCCGCGCCGUCACCAGCUCGACCAGUUCCCCAGCUCCACCCGAUGAGACCAUCUGUGUAUCCCUCCUCUCCUCCCCUGCCUCUCCUGCAUCGCUCCCCUCAGAGCCGGAGCCCGUCAUCCACUCCACCAGCUUCUGGAAAAGCUGCAACGCAGCCGGAUGCACACAAGCCAUCUUCACUGAUUUCAUUAAUACGAUGAACAAUAUCUCAAGCAGGAUCAAGUCAGACCAGGCCAGCCAGGAGGAUUAUGAUCUUGCACUAACAGUGAUGGAGGCUUCUGGGAAACUGGCAGAGUUUGUGACCAAGCAGCAGGAAGAGUUACAAAGGAAACAAGAGGAGCUGCAAAAGGCAGCAGAGGCGAUGAAGGAGGUCGUCUCAGCACUGAGGAGAUGAGUCCAACAGGAGCUACUGUACAAAUCAAAUUGCUCUUUUUUAACAUUUUAUACAACCAGUAUAUUUCUAUAUUUUUUAUUGAUUAUGCCACAAUAUUUAAGGCAAUGGAAAGGGCUGGAUGUGGAAAUACAUUGAACUGAAAAAAGGUUCGGGAAAAUGGGUUUCAUUUCAAAACCAGCACAGAACAUGAAGAAUCUGACAGAGUAUUUGUCUUGAAAAUGUUCCACAUCCAACCCUAUGAAAUUAACCAUGUUUACCUGAAUCAUUUUAGAUGUGUAGGUAGUGUAUGCAUAAGAGUUUGUUCCUGUUUAUUGUGUUGGAAUGUGAAGUUGUAUCACUAACCUUGUCUUCAGGUUUUGUUUAUUUGUGAGUGGUCCUUGUUCCUGAAACUGCUUGUAUUUACAGUGACUCCUCUGCCUUUUAUCACUUGAAUUGUUGGCAGUUACUGCUCAAACUUACCUGAUGCCCCAUUUUGGGACUAAGUCUGAUUUACAGUAAACGUGUUAAAUCAAGACUUAAUAUCAAACUGGUAUAAAAAGUACAGAGCAGCUGAAAUACUGCUGCAGUUUACAGUUGGGUGUUUUUAAUGAAUUUUCAGGGCCUGGAGGAGUCCAGAAGAGUCUGUUGUUGCUGUGUGUUUAGUCUUCUUGUUCAUGAAUACAUUUCAUAAGUGUUACAGAGUUAACUGAUAAAUGUUUAUAUGAAGCCAAAAUGUUGUAAUGCUUGAAAUUUAAUUUGGGAAAAUGUAGUUCAGUAUUUUCCAAUUUUUAUGAAGAGUUUCAGAGAAACACUUCCAGACUGUUCGCUAUAGCUUGAUGAAUCACUAUAGCUAGCUAGCGAUAAUUAGCGCUAACGAUAACUAGCGCUAGCUAGCUAGCGAUAGGUAACUAGCAAUAACGAGCGCCAGCUAGCUAGCAUUAAUUAGAGCUAGCUAGCUAUAACGAUAACUAGCGCUAGCUAGCUACCGAUAACUAGCGCUAGCGAUAACUAUAGAUAGAUAGUGAAGACAUUAAUGCUCUACAUGAAAGUUUGCUUCUGUGUGGGAGUAUUUAUUGAGGAAAUAAACUAAUGUAGAUAUCAAGUAUUUCUGAAUUACUAUGAAUACAUCUUUCUGUAGAUAGCCUACAGAUGUUGUAUUCAUUCUAAACCACAUACAUAUUUGAAAUAUAGAUUUUUAAUCUUUGAUAUAUUCAGGGAGCUCAUAGUAAAACUCAUUCUCCAUCAGCAGUGGCAUCCGUCGUUCCCCAUCAUGUCAUAGCACAAGCAAUGCUGUAUGCUUUCAGCCAAUCUUACAGCAAGAACAUGAACAGGAGUCAGGUAAUAACUUUAUAGCCAUGAAAAAAGCCACAUUCAGAGCGAAAAGCAGCAACUCCAGCCCCCUUCACUCUCCACAAAAGUACAGAAGAAAAUGGGAAAAAAA